AUCUGGCCUGAAAAGGACACCAUUUUUGGGUAUCUAUACUAUCUCCACCGAUCCUUGUACUUAUCUACGGCUUCCUUUGCUUCCGUGAUCAGUUUUUUCAGCCCCCACCCUUUUCCCCUACUUUUCCUUUCAUUUUUCUCUAUGUAGAUUUGGACCUAUACAAAACCCAAUAAAACUCUUGCGUGCCUUGACGUGUUAUCUUUCUCCAUUCCUUUCUUCUUCCUCUCUUCUUCCUUCCCUCCACCAACCCGCUAAAUAUCCUUCUACCCAUUUGCUUUUUCACUCUUUUUAUUUUCCAUCUUCUUUUUCUUUUUCUUUCUAAUGUCCUUUUGGUAUUCAAUCCAGUUCUAAUCAACAGAGGAUGGAAGCUUUUUCUUCUUCUCCGCUUUCACUUCACUCCUGUUGCGUUUUCUCUCGCUCUCAUCGUUUUGAUCCAUGUUUGCCUUUUCAUUCGUUUAAUGGUGCUGUUUCCUCUUCUAUUUCUUUUGGUUUUUCGAUUUCUCAGAAGACCCACCCACGUCUCUCCCACAAUUUUCCUUCUGUCAAACAUUCUCAUUCGCGCGGAAGAAGAAAAUUCUUGCCAGUCUCUGCUGUUUUCGAGCGCUUCACUGAACGUGCAAUAAAAGCUGUCAUCUUUUCUCAAAAGGAAGCCAAAGCCUUUGGCAAAGACAUGGUCUUUACCCAACAUCUACUACUGGGUUUAAUCGCAGAGGAUCGCGACCCACGUGGGUUCCUUGGCUGUGGCCUUACCAUUGACAAGGCCCGGGAAGCUGUUCGCAGCAUUUGGCAUCAACAUCAUCAUCAAGAGGGUGAUAAUUCAGUUUCUUCUUCCUCGCCUGAACAGUCGGUUGCUUCUUCUUCAAAGUCAACGGACGUGCCGUUUUCUAUCAGUACAAAGCGGGUCUUUGAGGCUGCAGUUGAGUAUUCGAGGACUAUGGGUCACCAUUUCAUCGGCCCUGAACAUAUUGCCAUUGGUCUCCUCACCGUCGAUGAUGGCAGUGCCACCCGGGUCCUCAAAAGACUGGGGGCAAAUGUAAACAACCUCGCAGCUGCAGCACUCUCCAGGCUUCAAGGGGAGCUUGCCAAAGAUGGGAGAGAACCGUCCGUGGCAUCUAAAGGGAGCUUUCCUGGGAAAGUUUCAGGUACGAGAACCUCUGAAAGGACAAAAGAGAAAAAUGCUUUGGCACAAUUCUGUGUGGAUCUCACUGCUAGAGCUAGUGAAGGACUUAUUGAUCCUGUUAUUGGCCGAUUGACUGAAGUUCAGAGAAUCAUUCAGAUACUUUGUCGCAGAACCAAAAAUAACCCCAUUCUUCUUGGUGAAGCUGGGGUUGGAAAAACAGCCAUUGCUGAAGGACUGGCAAUUAGCAUUGCACGGGCAGAUGCUCCUGUUUCUCUGUUGGGAAAACGUGUAAUGUCCUUGGAUAUUGGGCUUCUGAUGGCUGGUGCUAAGGAAAGGGGAGAAUUAGAGUCACGGGUUACUUCAUUGCUAAACGAGAUAAAAAAAUCAGGUGAUGUCAUCCUUUUUAUUGAUGAGGUCCAUACACUUGUUGGGUCUGGAACAGUUGGACGGGGAAACAAGGGAUCUGGUCUUGACAUUGCUAAUCUAUUGAAACCAUCCCUUGGGAGGGGUGAAUUACAGUGUAUUGCAUCCACGACUCUUGCCGAGUACCGGACCCAAUUUGAGACGGAUAAAGCAUUAGCAAGGAGAUUCCAGCCGGUGUUAAUUAAUGAACCAAGCGAGGAGGAUGCAGUGAGGAUUCUCUUGGGUCUGCGUGAGAAAUAUGAGACUCACCACAAUUGCACUUACACACUAGAGGCAAUAAAUGCUGCUGUGUACCUGUCAUCAAGAUACAUUCCUGAUAGGUAUCUUCCCGAUAAAGCAAUUGAUCUUAUUGAUGAAGCUGGAAGUAGAGCUCGUAUUGAGGCAUUUAAGAAGAAAAAGGAACAGCAAACUGGUAUACUCGCAAAGCCUCCAGAUGAUUACUGGCAAGAGAUUAGGACUGUUCAGGCCAUGCAAGAAGUGGUCCUAGCAAGUAGGCUAAAACAUGAUGGUAGUGCUUCCAGCAUAGAUGAUACUAGCGAACUCGUUUUAGAUUCUCCUUUGCCUUCAACUUCAGAUGAUGACGAACCUAUGGUGGUGGGACCUGAGGAUAUUGCAGCAGUUGCUUCUGCCUGGUCUGGAAUACCAGUCCAGCAGCUCACUGUUGAUGAAAGAAUGCUUCUGGUUGAGCUUGAUGAGCAGCUUAAGAAAAGGAUUAUUGGUCAAGAUGAGGCUGUUGCUGCUAUUUCUCGAGCUGUGAAGAGGUCACGGGUUGGGUUGAAGGAUCCUGAUAGGCCUGUUGCUGCUAUGCUCUUUUGUGGGCCAACUGGGGUCGGCAAAACUGAAUUAACAAAGGCUUUGGCAUCAUGCUAUUUUGGGUCGGAGGAAGCCAUGCUAAGAUUGGACAUGAGUGAAUAUAUGGAGCGGCAUACUGUGAGCAAAUUAAUAGGAUCACCUCCAGGUUAUGUUGGUCAUGAAGAGGGAGGCAUGCUUACGGAAGCUAUUCGAAGGCGGCCUUUCACAUUGUUGUUGCUGGAUGAAAUAGAGAAAGCUCAUCCAGAUGUAUUCAACAUCCUUCUUCAGUUGUUUGAAGAUGGCCAUCUUACUGAUUCCCAGGGUCGGAGGGUAUCUUUUAAGAAUGCCUUAAUAGUGAUGACUUCAAAUGUGGGUUCUUCUGCUAUCGCAAAGGGUAGACGAGGUGCCAUUGGUUUCUUGCUUGCAGAUGAUGAGUCAACAUCAUAUGCUGGUAUGAAAGCACUGGUUGUAGAAGAACUCAAGACUUAUUUUCGUCCAGAGCUUCUCAACAGGAUAGAUGAAAUAGUCGUAUUCCAGUCCCUCGAGAAGACUCAGAUGCUGGAAAUUUUAAACCUGAUGCUGCAAGCAGUAAAGGCGAGACUUGUGUCUCUUGGUGUCGGUUUGGAGGUAUCUGAUUCCGUCAAAGACCUGAUAUGCCAACAAGGGUACGACCAAACUUAUGGCGCCCGACCUUUACGGAGGGCAGUAACACAAAUGGUGGAAGAUCUGUUGAGUGAAGCAUUACUUGCUGGGAAUUUCAAGCCUGGUGACACUGCUGUUAUUGAUCUCGAUGCUACUGGAAACCCGGUUGUCAAAAAUAAAUCUGAUCGGAGCAUUCCCUUGCCUGAUACUACCUCCAUUUUCUAGUCAUGCAUGUGUUGUUUCACCAUACAUACCAUCUUGAUUCAUGUACAUGGUAUAGAAAUUUUUGUUUGGAAUCUGGGUCUGUUAAUUGAUUCAAGUGUAUAUAAGUGAAGAACUUAUGGAGGGUUGCUUCGAGCAAUGCUCCAACCCUCCUGUAUAUCUAAUGGCAAUUGUUUUCUAUUUCUCUACUCUUUAA